AUGGCAUACCCCGGUCAAGGCGGUCACCACUACCAGCAGACGCACGGCGGCGGCGGAGGAUACGGGCCACCUCAGGGAUAUGGACAGCCAGGCUAUGGCUAUGGACCCCCCUCCGGACCACCGCCGCAGCAGAUGGGAGGCUACGGAGGUGGAGUUGGAGGAUUUGCACCACCCUCGCACCCUCCGCCCGGUGGCGUCCAAGGCCAGGUGGGCUACGGAUAUGCUCCACCUUCGGGUCCUAUUGGUCCACCCGAGUACGCCACCAACCACGUCAACUACAACCCGCAGGGCGGAAUGAUGGGCAACCAACACUACGAGUACUCUUCGAUGCAGGGCAAGCGUAAGGCGCUCCUCAUCGGCAUCAACUACUUUGGGCAGAACGGCGAGCUGCGAGGGUGCAUCAACGAUGUGCGCAACGUGCAGAACUUCCUGAGGCAGCGCGGAUACAAGGACGACGACAUGGUGGUGCUUACGGACGACCAGCGGGAUGCACGCAGCAUUCCCACGAGGCAAAACAUGACGGCGGCCAUGCACUGGUUGGUGCGCGGUGCACAGCCGGGAGAUGCGCUCUUCUUCCACUACAGCGGUCACGGUGGACAGGCCAAAGCGACGCAGGGGGACGAAGCCGACGGCUACAACGAAACCAUCAUCCCCGUCGAUUAUCAGCAAGCGGGCCAAAUGGAAGACGACGAGCUGCACGCGAUCAUGGUGCGCCCUCUUCCCGUCGGUUGCCGACUCACUGCCAUCUUCGACUCGUGUCAUUCAGGCACUGCGCUCGAUCUGCCGUAUGUUUACACCACUUCGGGCAAUGUCAAGGAGCCCAACGUCAUUGCGAGCGUCGGCAAGGGAAUCAUGGGUGCUGCGAUGGAGUACGCGCGUGGCGACGUGAUGGGCAUGGCCAAGGGACUGUUCUCGACAUUCACCACAGCGAAAAACACGAGUGGAGCGGAAGAGAUCACCAAGCAGACACGAUCGAGUGGAGCUGAUGUGGUGAUGCUGAGUGGAUGCAAGGACUCGCAGACGAGCGCGGAUGCGACCGAGGCGGGCAAAGCGACGGGCGCAUGCUCGUACGCGUUCUUGACCGUGAUGAACCAGUACCCGCAGUUGACGUACAAGCAGAUGCUCAACGCGGUACGUGACGUGCUGGCGAGCAAGUACAGCCAGAAGCCGCAGCUGAGCUCGUCGCAUCCCAUCGACAUGAAUCUGCUCUUUGUGGUUUAA